ACGCACGCACGCCCACACACACUUAAAGGAAGUGGACCUGCUCUCCAAAAAGCUGAUGUGUCAUACCUUCCUUUCCUGGAACGCCAUACGUUAGUUUCAGCAAAGCUCAGGAAGCGCACAUGGCAGCGCCACUCUUCUUCUCCUUUUUCUGUUUCUGGGAUCCUGACAGACAGGCAGUACGGUAGUGCUUCUUCUUCUGUUGCCUGAGUCGUCUCUGUAGGCGGAGGCCGUCACUCUCGGAGCCAUGAGUCGAUCCUGUGUGGUCAAAGUGAUCACUCUGACUGAGAUCCAGAUACUGCCGGUCCAGAGCCACCUGGAGGGCUCUAAGUUCCACCUGCACCAGGCCCAGAGUCAGCAGGUCAAGCAGUAUCUGACCCUGGGUUCCAAGCUGGCCGGGGGACAAGGGGGCCACCCUCACCCCACUGCGCAGGGAGGGCAGCUCCUGGGCACCGUUCCAGUGAUGAGGAAUGCUCACAUGGCCCCCCUCAGCGAUGGCAGCACCCCCAGCAGCCCCGUUACACUGCUGACCCUGGCAUCCAACCACGACAGUGAGUUUCCAAUGGAUGAAGUUAUUGAUGACUUGAUUAGCCUGGAGUCCGGCUUCAAUGACGGGGGCUUGGAUUGUAUGGAUCCCAGCAUCAUAAUGCAAAACAAUGUGCUGAGCAGCAGCAUGCUGGACAUCUAUGGGUGUGAACCAGAACAUGAAACGAGAGUGAUGGCCAAAGAACGACAGAAGAAAGACAAUCACAACUUGAUUGAAAGAAGACGAAGAUAUAAUAUCAACUACAGAAUCAAAGAACUUGGAACAAUGAUACCAAAGUCGAAUGACCCUGAUAUGCGCUGGAACAAAGGCACCAUUCUCAAGGCGUCGGUGGAGUACAUCAAGUGGCUGCAGAAGGAGCAGCAGCACGCCAGAGAGCUGGAGAACAGGCAGAAGAAGAUGGAGCAGGCCAACAGGAGGCUACUGCUCAGGAUCCAGGAGUUGGAGAUCCAGGCCCGUGCUCACGGCCUCCCCAGCAUGGCCACUGCCCUGGGUACUGUAGAGCUCUCCUCCCAUCUCCUCAAACAACAGCAGCAGCAGCCCUUGGCUCCCCAGUCACAGCAGGGUCCUCAGCCACCCCUGUACCAGGAAGAGCUGAACGGGGAGUACCUCCAGAGGACCUCCAUGCCAGCCAUGACCACUGGGGGCGUCACUGGGGUUACAGACCAGGGUCAGGAGGUGGUUGACGGCUCCACCACUUUCUCCGACCCGCUUUCUCACUUCACAGACUUCUUCAGCGCCACGCUCAAAGAGGAGCAACGGCUGGACGAGAUCCUCAUGGACAACCCGCUCUCGCCGUUCGGCACCGACCCGCUUCUCUCCUCCGGCUCACCCGACGCCUCCAAGGACUCCAGUCACAGGAGCAGCUUCAGCUCGGACGAUGACGACCUAUGAUCCCUGACCCCUACGCGACCCCCACGGUGACCCUGUGUCAAAGGUCAAAGGACAUAGAGCAGUUGGUCACCCUCACAAAUUGGUGCGGGGAUUUGUUCCAGCCCAGCACCAACAACACAUCCGAUUCUACUGACCAGCUCGAAUCAUGAUUAGUGGGCUCAGGUGUGUAAGUGCUGGGUAGGAGCAGAUGCCUGCACACCCUGUGGCUCUCCAGGACCAGGGUUAGUUACCACUGGCACUCCCACUUUUGACAAACUUUGGUGGAGAGUGUGUACCUCGCGGGCAGAACCAGACUCAUGAGAAAAAGGGAGAAAGACAAUCGGUCCAUACUGAUCAUAUGAUACGGUUCCAAAAUGCAUUGGACACUGGGGUUGUUGUACACCACUGUAAACUAUACGGUGGCUUUGCAAUAUGCCAAAAGAGGACAGUGUCCUUUUUCAGAUGUCUACUAUUACAGUUAUUGUAUAAAAUGACUUUAAACCACUGAGGUUCACUGAUGGGCCCUAUCUAGAGCUAGUUACUGGUGGUUCCUCUUUCAGACAGAAAUGAAAAUGGAACAGUGAUACUUGGCGAAAAAGCCUAACACUUCCUUUGUUUGUCUUUAAAUGUAUUUUUACAAAAUGUUUUAUGUAUGUAUGUGUUUUAAUCCAUGUAUUCCUAAAAAAAAAACAUUACAUUAUCUAACAUGCUCUCUUUUGUAUUCUUAGUGGGGGUGGGGAAAAUAAUAAUAAACCCCUUUUUUUUU